GAUUCCAUACGAAUGGGCUCCGGUAUUCGCGAUACAAUUUGAGCCCAAGACCACUGCUAACCAGACUAACAGUAAUGGACUAGAAGACUACAAAAAAGCCCAUAUCUCUAAUCUCCUCAAAGCCCAACACCCCCAACUUGGAGAACAUGAGCCAGCGGAGUCGCGAAGAGGGAGAUCAUCAGAGCUCACCCGCUGCGCAAAAGCUCACAGAGACAUCAUCGCGCUAGAUUGACUCAAGGCAAGAGGACGAGAUGGGGAGGAAGAAGGGCGUCGCCGUGUUCGAGGAAUCGCCGCCGGAUGACUUCGAUCCGUCGAGUCCGUACAAGGACCCGGUGGCGAUGCUGGAGAUGAGAGAGCACAUCGUGAGGGAGAAGUGGAUCGCCAUUGAGAAGGCCAAGAUUCUGAGGGAGAGGCUCCGCUGGUGUUAUCGCGUCGAAGGUGUCAACCACCACCAGAAAUGCCGUCGCCUCGUUGACGAGUACCUCGAGUCCACCCGUGGCAUCGGCUGGGGGAAGGACCAUCGCCCUCAUUCUUUUCACGGUGUCCCAAGGCCGAAGCCGUGGAGUCCGAGGAGUAAAGGAUUGCUUCUUCUCAAGAUGGGCCACAAUGCUUAGAGAUCAAUGCUGGGGACUGAAGCAGUGCAAUCCCUUACUAUUUUAAGUUUGAUAUAUUGUUGUUAAUGUUUUGCUUCUUUUGGACUUUGACUAUAUAUCCGCAAACAUUUCUCUUGACUCUUGGACCUUGAUCUAGGCUGGGAUUCUGUCAUAAGCUGGAUUACUAGCUACGCAGCUGUAAGGAUGGAAAUCACAUCUUUUGUGUGGAUAAACCUUCUUCAUGAAUGAAUGUAGCUCAGAUGAAUGAACUUCUCCGUGAUGACCGCUUGUCUUGUUGGUGUUUACUCUAAUCAUGUUCUCUGCUAAUUUGGGAUGGCUGGGAUUGCCCUCGUUGCGCGUAGAGGCGGGGAUCUCAGUGAUAUCUAAUGUAUUGCAGCUGCUGCUGGAGUUUAUCACUGAUGGAAAUGUCUUCUUUUGGGAAACUAUUGGCAGCAGAAUGAUGGAGUUCUGGUUUGGUUUUCAACAUUUUUUCCAUCGACAAAUGCUUCAAAUGUGGCAUAGCUAGACUCUUAAUGAGCUGAGUCGAAAAAAUGAGUUGAGUCG